AUUGCCAAUGGUUAUGGAGUCGGCUUUGGCAUCGGGGGUGGCGGUAGCUUAGGAGGCGGCUAUGGUGGUGGCAGUGUGGGCUUUGGCGGUGGAGGUGCUGGAUUUGGCGGUGGUGGUUUUGGUGGUGGUGCUGGCUUUGGCACUGGAGGCGCUGGCUUUGGUGGUGUUGGUUAUGGUGGCGGUGGUUUUGGAGGUGGCGACGGGGGCCUGCUCUCUGGCGGCAAUGAAAAGCAGACCAUGCAGAACCUCAAUGACCGCUUGGCAUCCUACCUGGACAAAGUGAAGGCCUUGGAGGAUGGCAACGGCGAGCUGGAGAAGAAGAUCCGGGAUUGGUACGAGAAGCACCGACCCGGGUCUGCUUCCGGAGACCCAGGCCGUGACUACAGCAAAUAUUACCCCAUCAUUGAAGAUCUGAAAAAAAAGAUCAUAGCGGCCACCUUGGAGAACGCCAAGUGUAUGCUCCAGAUUGACAACGCCAGGCUGGCGGCCGAUGACUUCAAGCUCAAGUAUGAGAAUGAGCUUUGCAUGCGCCAGAAUGUGGAGGCCGACAUCAACGGACUACGCAGGGUCUUCGAUGAGCUGACCAUGUGCAAGUCUGACCUUGAGAUCCAGCUCGAAAGCCUAACUGAGGAACUCGCCUACCUCAAGAAGAACCAUGAAGAGGAGAUGAAAUCCCUUUCCGGCGGAGCCACAGGAGAGGUAACCGUUGAGAUGAACGCUGCUCCGACCACUGACCUUCUCAAAGCGCUGAAUGACAUGAGAGGACAAUAUGAAGCCAUCGCCGAAAAGAACCGCAGCGAGGCAGAGGCCCGCUUCCAGGAGCAGAGCAAAGAACUGAAGAAAGAGGUGUCCAAAGGAGUGGAGCAGGUGCAGUCUACCAAGACUGAGAUCAGCGACCUGAGGCGGUCCAUGCAGGCUCUGGAGAUAGAGCUGCAGUCCCAACUCGCCAUGAAACGAUCCCUUGAGGAGACCUUGGCGGAGACGGAGGGGCGGUACUGCUCCCAGCUAAAUAAGAUCCAGAUCACCAUCUCUGGCUUGGAGGAGCAACUCAACCAGAUCCGCAUGGACAUGGAAAACCAGAGCUCGGAAUAUCAGAUGCUCCUGGACAUCAAGACACGACUGGAGCAGGAAAUCCAGACCUAUCGGCGACUGCUGGAUGGCGAAGGA